AUGAAUGAAAUGCUUUCUGUUCUUCAUUUGACUCAACUACAGGCAUGUAAAGUGUUAGGAUGUAGUGUUUCAACUGUGAAACGGAGAUUUAGUGAAUUGAAACAACACAUUGGGUUGUCACAGUGGCCCAAAGAUUAUUUUGAACUGGAGAAUUCAGAGCUGUUUAAAAAGAUUUAUCCAUUAUCUUUGUAUUUCAUUCUCAAUCAUGAUGAGGAGGAGGAGACUAUGGAUGCAAGUGAAUCGAGUAAUGACAAGAACGAACAACAGCGAAAGAAAAAGAAGUUGAACUUAUCUUCUACAAUGACAGAUUUGAACAGGUAA